UCACAAAGAUCUUGGAGAAGAUCUCAGAAACCCACCCGCCUGCACCACAACCACUCUGCGCCUUUUUCCUCCAUACUCUUCUCUACUGAAGGUAGCUUCUUCAUCUCUGCCUCUUUUCUCCAUUGGUGAAGCCGGCCGCCGGCCGCCAUUGACGAUUCCUCCUUUUUGUUCGGAGGCGGAGCAACGGAUUCAGCGGUGGAGUACGAUUGUUGGAUUCGGAAUUUGGUUGCUUGGAGCAACCUAAGUUCCGGAAUUCCUACUCAAACUGAGAAAUAAGAUUAGAUGGAGGGAAACAUUUCUCUCGAUCAAUUCUUAUCUUCUAUUUCGUCUGCUUUUGUUUUUUGUUGUUUUUAUCAUUUAGAUCAACUUCUGGUAUUCGUUUUUGAAAACGACACAAACUUUUUGUUUUUCUCAUGUACAACAAUGUAUUGCCAUGGUUAGAUUAUGUAACGAUUUCGAAUAAUUUUUCUUGGUUUUGCUUUGGAUUUGUAAUUGUUUCGUGUUAGCAUUUUUCAAAUUGAUAUGCAAUUUGUAGAAAAAAACAUGGGAGAUUAAAGUGAUUGAGAACUGUACUGAGAACUACUAAAUAACUGGAAGCCUAUAAUCGUAUUCUCUGGUUCCAUCUUCUUCACCUUUUUAGAGCUUUUACUUGCAGAUCAACAUCAUUCCUGGUGCCCCCUCAUCAUUCAAUCAGUUAAUUUCUCAGGUUCUAAAAGCUAAGUUGGGGGUAACCCAAUGGGAUAUAUAGGUGUUCAUGGCAUUAAUGCACUGCACAGAUACAAGUACAGUGGAGUUGAUCACUCUUAUCUUGCAAAAUAUGUGCUACAACCAUUUUGGACUCGUUUUGUUACUUUCUUCCCUCUUUGGAUGCCACCCAAUAUGAUUACACUAACAGGAUUCAUGUUCUUGCUCAUCUCUGCAUCGCUUGGCUAUAUAUAUUCACCUCAAUUGGAUUCUCCGCCUCCAAGAUGGGUUCAUUUUGCUCAUGGAUUACUCCUCUUCUUGUACCAGACAUUCGAUGCUGUUGAUGGAAAGCAAGCUAGAAGGACCAACUCUUCUAGUCCAUUGGGAGAACUAUUUGAUCAUGGAUGUGAUGCACUUGCAUGUGCGUUGGAAGCAUUGGCCUUUGGGAGCACUGCUAUGUGCGGAAGAUACACAUUUUGGUUCUGGGUGAUUUCAGCUGUUCCAUUCUAUGGUGCAACUUGGGAACAUUACUUUACCAACACGUUAAUCCUUCCGGCAGUAAAUGGACCUACAGAGGGUCUCAUGCUGAUAUACAUGGCACAUUUCUUUACAGCUAUAGUUGGUGCAGAGUGGUGGGCCCAAGAUAUCCGGAAGUCUAUUCCGCUGCUGAGUUGGGUUCCAUUAGUAGAUGGAAUCCCAACAUAUGGAGCAGUUUUGUUUUGUAUGAUAGUUUUUGCCGUUAUACCGACAAUCACAUUCAAUGUGCAGAAUGUUUACAAGGUUGUACGCUUGAGACAUGGAAGCAUGCUGAAGGCCUUGGCUAUGCUUGUCCCUUUUGGUGUACUAUUGGGAGUAGUUUUGCUAUGGGAUUAUAUGUCUCCAUAUAAUUUAAUCGGGAAAUAUCCACAUAUGGUUGUUAUGGGAAUCGGGCAAGCAUUUGGAUUUCUUGUGGGAAGGAUGAUAUUGGCCCAUUUGUGCGAUGAACCAAAGGGGUUGAAAACUAGUAUGUCCAUGUCCUUGUUCUAUCUCCCGCUCGCGAUUGCGAAUGCACUCACUGCCUGGUUAAAUGAUGGAAUUCCCCUUGUUGAUGAGAAAUGGGUUCUUCUCGGUUUCUGUUUAUACACAGGUGCAUUAUAUCUACACUUUGCAACAGCAGUCAUCCAUGAAAUAACAACAGCUCUUGGAAUCUAUUGUUUCAGGAUUACAAGAAAAGAAGCUUGAGAUAUUUAUAUGAAGGUAUGCAUUGUAACCCUUAAAUAUCGUUAUUUUAAGUCGCAAUUUCCGACCAACUUUUGCUACCCGACGUGGUGUCGGGUUCUAUUCUUUUCUUGGAAAAUAUUACAUUUAGCCGGCAUUCUUUUUUCCUUUGCGUCUCAUUUGUGGGUCAACGUUGUACUUUUAAAUGCAUUGUAAGGUUGGAUAUACUUUCUUUAAUGCGUGCUUUUGGGUUCGGUACCA